CGAGGCUUCGUCAUGUUGGCGUUCGCCGUUCGCGGGGUGAUCCUCCUCGGCGUGCUGAGUUGGUACAGCGCCACCGUAUGGAGGAUGAUCGACGGUUAUUUCAAGGACCAGUUCCGCGCUUACUUGCAGGACGAGUAUCGCCGACAUCCGCGGAUGCAGGCGGACGUCGAGAAGGCUAGGGACGUCGAUAAGGGGUCCAUCUCGGACGCUUUGCCGGCCGAGCCGAGUUCAAGCCACCUCGUAGAGGAGACCUACGGUCCCGACGCGGCAACGACCGGCACGACGACAAAGACGACGACGACGCCGGCGUCGUCAUGCCCGGCCGACAUCACAGACGCUUGUCGGCGGCUGCCGAGUCGCUCUGCGACUGGCAGGAAGCCGGAGGAAGAGGUAACAGGUGGCACCAGCAAGAACGCGGUUGCCGCUGCCGCCGUUCGCGCGGAUAAAAAUGCAUUCCCGGAGAACGCGGCGCUGGAAAGUAGGAAGCCGCCGAGUAGCAGCACGCACGGCGAAGGACGGCGACCGAGUACCAUCAAUCAGGACGCCGACCGUGAACAGGAGGCGAUCGAGGGAAGGAGCGAGGUCGUCCUCACGUCCUCCGCAUCGUCCCCGCGACGACGACGCGAGGGGGGAUUCCCUGGCGGCGGAAGGAAGGGGAUCCCGAGCGGAAUGUCACGACAACCGUCGCGGAAACGAAGAGUGAACACGAUUGUCCUGACAGACGCGGAUUUCGCCGGUGCGAGGACCAGCGAUGAUGACUUUUCGGAGUUCGAGGAGGAAGAAGAGGAUGGGGAGGGUCAGGGAGUCUUCAAGGAAGGGAUUCUGGUAUCGGAAUUGCCGUUCAAGCCCAAGGCGGACAUCGGCGACUUGGCUAGGGUCACUGCGGAAGAGUUUUGUCCUUUGACCCCGGAGGACGAGGCUUCCUGCGGAGAAACUACUACGUGGCCAUAAUUGCGUUCGAUCGCGAUCGAAGAAGGAUUUGCGCUUUGAUGGAGUGAUCUUGAAGGGCUUUGGUAGGAGUAGAUUGAGCAAACUACGCUGACGAUUGCGAUUAUUGCGACUAGAAUUUAAUUAUCAUUAUUAAUUUAAUUAUCAUUAGAAAUGUAUGCGCAACUUUAUGAGGGAUAAUGAUAAAGUCGCGCAAGGUAGAAGAAUAC